AUGCAAGAGGAGUGGGGGAGGAGACUGAGAAGGCUGGGUACUGGGGUGACCACCUCAGGGGCGGGUUUACCCUCUCCCGGGGAAGAUGAGGAGCGGUCUCGUUCUCCCACAAAGGGAGAGACCCAGGGCGUUCUUUCCACCCCCUUUGCAUUUAUGAGAAAAUUAAGCCACAGACUGCCCGGCAAGAAUGGAAGUAGCAGAAGAAAAUGGGGCCUAUACGGGUUCCCAGCACCUGAACAAGAUGCGGCAGAGGAAAGGGAGAGCUGGCAGCUCCUGGGACCUCUUCGAGCACAAACCCCACUAACACCCCAUGAACUCCCAAGGAGACGACAGGCACUGACCUGCGAUGUUCACACACCAGACACCCGAACCCCGUUAUGUGCUCGACCCCCAAGGAGUCUCUCCACACCUCCGCGGUCAGGCGACCCCCCGAUAGCAGCCACUGCGGACACAGGACCCGGCUCCACACACCCCUCCCCAAACAGCAGCGCGAAGCCUCUUCACCAGCAACCGAGGAGUAGGGGAGGGGGCACCGAAGCAGUCAGCAGGAACGCAGAGGCGACGGCGAGGCUGCUCAGAGUGUCUAUGCCCCCUCUGUUGCCGCUCCCGACUCCGGCACGGUCUCCGACUCGGCCCCCUGCGCCCGCUCAGUGUCACUGCCGCUCGCUCUGGGAAAAUGGCGGCGACGGCGGCGGCGGCCGCGGCGGCGGCGGCGGCGGCGGCCGCGGCGGCGGCAAGUGCACGGGGCCCGCCCGCCCCGCUCCGCAGGGGCAGAGGGGGAGGGGACGAAGCUGCCUGCCGCCAUUUUGCUUGUGGGCUGCUGCCCGCCGUUGCCUCUCCAGGGAGGCUCGAAGACGGCCAACUGGAGGCAGAGAGGUGGACAGAGUCUCCGUCUGUUUCACAACAGAUGCAUUCAACAAUUCACUGAAGGCUGCGGAGCCACCCCAACUCUGGCUUAACUUGGCACAACAGCCAUCUUCGGAAAUGCUGGUAGCCGUCAGUAUGUCCAUUGUCCUUCGUGGCUAGAGGAAAUGACUGCUCAUGACUCACGAUGCUCCGCUUGAGGCCAGAGCAAUAACGUCUCUGCUCUGGGAAGGACCCGUAUUUGCAGUGAGUCUAUCACAGUUUACUGGCUUACUUAAUUUCUCUGAGUUCCUCUCAUUUGUUGACGGAUCAAAUCAGGUAAUGCAUGCAAAGCCCUUAGAACAAUACCUAAGGUGGUAUCUAGCACAAAGGUUUAAUGCAAGUAGGAAAAGUUGAAAGCCUCUAUCGAUAGAUCACGCUCAAUAUCAUGUUGGUUGUGUUAGGGAAGGAUCCUCCGUCCCCUUCGGAAUGGCCUUUUCCCACUGGUGUUUGUCACAUGUUUCUUGAGUAUGUUUGCCAGCUCUCAGGCCGACUUUCAAGCUCCUGGUUUCUAAUCCUAUCCAAUUUGACUUGCCCUUACUGCAGAGCUUUGUACUGGAUGAGUAUUAUGUAAGGAUAAGUUGUACUAAUGACUAGCAGUUGUCUAUGCUUCUUACAAUAUUUAUGAGGGAAUGAUAGAGAAUUAAACAUAAGAAAGUUUAUCUUCCACCCCAAAAUGGACAAACUCCAAAUUUGUGACCAACUCAUGGUCCACCGUAUCUAGAGAUAUUGAGGAAUAAUUAGAACGUCUCCUUUCAGGCUAAAUUAACUUGUUUCUAUUGAUUUCUGCAUUCUCAGCAGGACUCUAUAAAGUCCCUGCCCCUUCAAACACUAUUCUCACUUCCCCAAAACUGAGGCUGAAUACUGUCAUACACCACAAUUCCUACUGUGGAGUGAAAUUAUCUGAUCUCAACACUGGUUGAAGAGGUGAGGUUCCUUAUACUUUAGAACAUUUAACUUUUAUGUAAGUUACACUAUAAUAAAAAAAAAUAUCAAAAAUGAAAUGACAUUGGGAAGUUCCAUUGUGGCUCAGAGGUGAUGAAUCCGGUAGUAUCCAUAAGGAUGCAAGUUUAAUCCCUGGCCACGCUCAGUGGGUUGGGUGCCUGGUGUUGCCUUGGGCUGUGGUGUAGGUUGCAGAUACAGCCGGGAUCCCAAGUGGCUGUGGCUAGGCUGGUGGCUACCACUCCGGUUUGACCCUAGCCUGGGAACUUCAUGUGCCUGCAGACGUGGCCCCCCCAAAAAAAAAAUGAAAUGAAAUGACAUUUUUAAUAGUUAAUGACAUAGAAAGAUGAACAUAUGUAGUUUGAUGAAAUCAUGUGUACAAGGUAAUCUCAUUGUGUUUUUUUAAAUGUGUAUAAGGAUAUGCAUCAAAAUGUUAACAUUUCCUAUUUAUGUCUAUUUUUUUUAAAUGUUCUGUAUUGCUGAAGUUCUCCUUUUGUAAUAGUGGAAAAUAAAAAUGAUCAUGUAAACUGUCUUUGAGACGUAUGAGAGAUGGAUAUUCUGUUAGCUAACUCCUUGAUGUCCAUAGAGGAAAAUGAUGAUGUCAGUUUAGUAAUCAAGAAACAAAUAUUAUUUAGGAAUAAUCUAAAAGAUGUUGCCUCUUGAAGUUGAGGAUGCGGUCUUGUUCUUUUUCAUUUUAAGCUUUUGGAUAUAGGUGUGGGUGUUUUUGUUUUUUUAGUGUGUCUUUACUAAAUAAAUUUUAAAAGGUAAAAAUAUAUCUUAGUGUAAUUUUUUAAAAUUCAUUUUCAUCCAGGUUACCUGGUCCUUUUCCUUCACCACUCACCAGGCAGAGCAAAGAGAAAUUAAACACCUAGCUGAAAGGCAUUUUGAAUGACAGUUUCAAGUAGAGACAGAUUACAAAUUGUGCAAUAUAAAGCAGGAGAGUUGGGUUUUUUGUUUGUUUUUUUUUUCUUUUAAUUAUGGCCUAGCAAUACAGCUGCUUAAUUAUCAUAAACUGCAUCAUACUCUUUGAGAUGGCCUUUUGGCUUGAAUCCAUUACUGAUUAUAUAUCUUGUAGAACUGUGGGAACUGCAUUAUCAAAGCAGCUUUUUAAAUGAAAAAAAAUUUUUAAAGAUGUAAAACUGAAACAGACUCAAAAAUAGAGAAAACAAACUAGUGGUUACCAGUGGGGAGAGGGAAGGGGGAGGGGCAAGAUAGGGGUAUGGGAUUAAGAGAGUCAAACUACUUUGUGUAAAAUAGAUAAACAACAAGGCCAUAUUUUUCUUUUUUUAGGGCUGCACCCAUGGCAUAUGGAAUUCCCAGGCUAGGGGUCAAGUUGAAGCUGCAGCUGCUAGCCUGUGCCACAGCUUUCAGCAACAUCACUUCCUUAACCCACUAAGCAUGACCAGGAGUCGAACCUGCAUCCUAUGGAUACUAGUCUGGUUCUUAACAUGCUGAGCCACAAUGGGAACUCCCAACAAGGCCAUAUUGUAUAUUACUUUGUUAUUACUUUUAAUGGAGUGUAUGCUAUAAAAAUAUUCAAUCAAUCACUAUGUUGCACACUGGAAACUUAUAAAUCAGUUGUAAUUCAAUAAAAAAUAAAAUGUUAAAAAAGUCACCGUUUGUGUGUUUGGCGCCCUCUAGUGCACUAUUUUUAAAUGACACAAUUUACCCUUGCUAAGCUGUAAACUGGAAGAGGAUGAAAUGGAAAUUUCAAUCAACAGUCCCUCUCUGAUUGAUCCUCUUUUCCUGGCAUCCAAAGAGACCUUACCCCUCUCUGCAUCUACACAUUAUUUCCUAGCCAUGAUACUCACUAGGCUGUAACCUUGUACUAACUAGUUCCUUAAUCUCUGAGCUUCAAUUUCCUCAUCUGUACAGUAACCCUAAGAACUGUAAUGUGGAUGUCCUGCACAUAGUAGGAGCUCAGUAAUCACUCACUUUCCUUGUAUAUUUAAUAGUCAAUAACAAACAUGUUUAAAGUAAGUAGUUAAUCUUGACUCAGGUGUUAUAAUCUGUUAGUUGGGGAAUGUGAAGAAUGUUAAUGAGUAGCUAAAAAAAUAAAGGAUAAAACCCUGGGUGUGAUUGUAUUCUCUGGUCUCCUCUUAUUGAGGCAAUUCAUGCCAAUUCUGAAGUCUAGAAGCAUGUUAAAUUUCUUUGCAUCCUUCACAAUGCCUGUAAUUAUAUACCCUUAGGAAAUAUCUGCCUUGUUUUAAUGUUCAUGGCAAAUGGUUAUAGAAAAUGCAGAAUGAUAGUAAAUAUUUAGUCUAAACCUUUAAAGACUUGGAUUCAAACUUCUGUUUUUUAAGCCAUGGGCUCCAGAUGCCUCUUUCUGGUUUAGUGUGGUUUCUUUUCUUUUUUUUUUUUUUUUUUUUUUUUGUCUUUUUUGUUGUUGUUGUUGUUGUUGCUAUUUCUUGGGCCGCUCCCGCAGCAUAUGGAGGUUCCGAGGCCAGGGGUUGAAUCUGAGCUGUAGCCACCGGCCUACGCCAGAGCCACAGCAACUCGGGAUCCGAGCCGCGUCUGCAACCUACACCACAGCUCACAGCAAUGCCAGAUCGUUAACUCACUGAGCAAGAGCAGGGACCGAACCCGCAACCUCAUGGUUCCUAGUCGGAUUCAUUAACCACUGCGCCACGACGGGAACUCCGUGGUUUAGUGUGGUUUCUGAACAGGCUAUGGACAGUAUUUGUGUACAGUGGGAAAGCAGCAUGAUUGACUAGGGAACCCAUGUGAAUCAGGAUUUACAAAUCAAUGAGAGUAAUUCCAGAAUCCUCAUCCAUUCUCACCGAAUUCCAGCUUUGCCUAGGCUAUACAUCUAAAAUUUAUAUUCUCUCAAACAUCUCUAGGAAACCACCUAUAAUCCUUCCCCUGCCCUGACAGACUUGGACUUUGGUGCUUAAUAUCACUCCCUCCUGAGCUCCCCAAGAGCCAAGUUCCCUAAAGAAAGCAGUAGGUGUUUCUGAUUCCCUGAAAUCCCUCUGAAGUCUUUGGUCUUAUAUAUAAUAAAUAUCCUCUUGCAUAUUUUUCCUAUGUAUCAUAUUAGGCCUGUCAAUAUUGUUUCUCCUUCCUACUGCCUCAGUGCUAAAUCAGACUAAUUUUUUUCCUUUUUCCUUUUUAUUUACUUUUUUGUCUUUUGAGGGCCGCACCCGCAGCACAUGGAGGUUCCCAGGCUAGGGGUCUAAUCGAAGCUAUUGCUGCCAACCUACACCACAGGUCACGGCAACGCCAGAUCCUCAACCCACUGAGUGAGGCCAGGGAUCAAACCCACAACCUCAUGGUUCCUAGUCAGAUUCGUUUCCCCUGCGCCACAACAGAAACUCCCAGAUGAAUUUUUUCUUGAAGAUCUACCAGCUCACCAUUAAUUGAGCCUCUUUUAUAUGCUUAGAUACCAUGUUAAGCUUUUUUUUUUUUUCUGGCCAUACCCACAACAUGGCAAAAGUUUAUAAGCCAGGGAUCAAAACCGUACCAUAGCAGCAACAGCACCAUGCCCUUACCCACAGUGCCACCAGGGAACUCCAAGUAUUUCAUGACUUUACUUCUAACUCUCACAAUCACAAUCCAUUUAGGCAGAUGGUAUUGUCCCUGUUUUCCAGAAGAGAACAUGGUGCUAGGUCACCUAGCUGUCAGAGCCAGACUUCCAACCCAAGUCAGCCUCUAGAGCCCAUGGCCUCCACAGUUAUCAGAAAAACUUUCCAAGGGGAGAAUUUAGAGUUAUGCAGUCUUUAGAAGUGCAAGGAAAAUCUUUCAACUCCCUUCAGGCACUCAGCCAUCAGCUUUUUCCUUUCAAGAAAGUCCACUUAUCUAGCCCUGUCAUAAUGAUAAUUUUUAGAACCAUGAUGGUUCACAUUUGCUUGGCACCUUGCAGUUUUCAAAGGUUGGCCCCCCAGGGUGUCUCAUUUUCCUUCCCAGAAAGCCUUUUGCAUUCCUUAUCCACUGAACCUCUAAACUAGAAGAGCAAGUUCUUUUCUAGCAGAAGAUUACAACUGCUAUUAUUUAUCCUCCAGGGGGAUACACCGCGCAUCCCAAGUCUUACAGCUGGAAACACUGAGAUAAAGCGUAUAAACGGAAUCUGGAAGGGGAGGGAUGUUCACAUGCAGGCCAUCCUGGUCUCAGCAUGUUGGGCAAUGAACUCUCCCAGUGGAAGCUGUGCCGCAGAAUGAAAGGCACAAUUUUGGCAGUCAAAACCACUUUCCCCUGUCCUUCAGCCAGGCCUUCCCAACACAUGUGCAUGGUUCACAUGGACCAAGCAUGUGGUCACCUGCUUUUCCUCCUUCCCCCCAACCCCCAACCUGUUCUGGCCCUUAAAAGGUUCCCCCUAGGUUUACACCUUUACCUCCUCCUAGGAUCCCAGUGAAUGUCAAGACCUGUGUGGGUGGAAGGUUAUAAAUCAGCCGCAGACACACAGGCCUGGGGGAUGGGUGGCCUGGAGAGUAGAAGGGCCACGAUUUGCAAACAAAUGAGCCUCUUUCAUCCCAGUGGGAUUUUUGUUGUUUUCUAAAGCCAGCUGUUCCACCAGGGCACAUCACCAGAAGCUGUGCUUUCUGGAACUUGCAGAAACCAUAAGCACUAACAACAGAGUUGCCUGCAUGUGUUUACUCUGCACAAGUUUCAGCAAAGCUUAGGGGCCUGGAAAAGUUUUGUUUUUUUAAAAGACCUCAUUUUCUUCCUUAGCAAAAUAGCUUUCAUGGUUUUUGAAAAGUAGCUUAAAGCAUAACAUCAACCAUCAUUUUCUUCAUAAUUGAGAAUUUUCACCAGAUGACAGAAUGGGUCAGAUUUGAGAGAUGUGACUAAAUAUAAUUUAAGAAAAAUUAAGUUCUGUCAGUUCUCAAUUAUGUGCUGCUGGAGGGACUCCAGAAAGAAUUCCAGUGGGACUUCAAUACAUUGAUCAUUUACAUUGGCUUUACAAGGCAUUUUAGUCAUUAACAUUUUAUAUGGGUGUGUCUGCAGUUCUGAAAAUUUACAACUGUUUACAGCAAAUAACAAAGCUACUCGGUGAAGGUGCUGACAGGGCUAGAAUGCUGUCAGAUGACUUUUCCAGUCCCUGGACCAACUCUGCUUAGUGAGGUCUGGAAACAAAAUGGGCUUUGGCCUUAGAUGAAAAAACGUUUAAAUCCUGAUGCUGCUGUGUGACUUUUCAGAUUUCUUACUUGGAAAAUGGAGGAAAUGAAAUAAUACCAAGUACCUUGACCAUGAUAUCAGAAUAACCUUAGAAGUUGGGAGCCAAUUCUCAAACACAAACAUGAAGUGUCCCCAGCAUUCACUCAGGUAUCACUUUAAUCUAGAAGGAUCCUGGAUGGGUUAUAAAAUUCCAUGAAUAGACCAAUGCUGCAAAUUAACUUUGGUUAUGGGGGCUUCGAUAACCUCUCUAAAUUAUGACAUUCUGGCUAAAGAUUGUAAAGGGGCUCAGUAUGAAGGAAGAUCACACAUUGAGCCUCCAGCUGGGAUCUGACCAGUGAGCAGCUCACCUCAGACGGUAAGCACAUUCUGUGAUCCUAUGAGCCAUCAAAAAAGCUCAGUUUCUUUUAAGUUGCUGCUUCACGGUUUAUCCUUUGUCACCUUAUCCUGUUUGUUAAUACAUGAUUGAUUAUUUUUUAGUAAUUUAUUUGGAUUUAUACUAAGUGGUAGAUGUGGCCCUGAAUUCCCAGCAUUGCCUGAGAGGUGGGAUGGUAAGAGGGGUUGUUUGAGCAGCUCUCCCACACAGAAUCCCUGGCACUAUAUGUACAAAUUCUCAACUGGGGGAAGAGGGGAGCUGGAAUAAAGGGGGAUGGGUUGGUUAAUAUCAGGCAGAAAGAACUAGAAAAUAAGAGCCCAAGUAUUUAUGAUCUGCCGAAGAUGCCAGAUGAAUCUCUGCAGUUUCUUCUUCAUCCCUAGUAUAUAACCAACAUGUUCUGGAUUAAGGACUCAACUGUUGAUCACUGAGGUAGAAUCAGGUCCUUGUGCCUAUAAACCAAAGAAAGCUUGACAACUUUAACUGUCUGUUCUUUCCAAAGAGCACAUUUGUUUUUAGAGUCAGGAAGUCAGAACACUGUUCUACUAAAUGUUUGGAUCUGGUAUUCCUUAAGAGAUGGAUUCAACAACCAACAGCAAUGCCAGAAUACAGAGUGGCGGUU